GGAGAGCCGCGGGGACUGCGGAGUAAAAGGCGCCGGAGCCGGGGCUGGGGUGGCCUCAGCGCGCCGCUCCCUCAGGCUCCGCCGGCCGCUCGCAGCCGUCACCCCGCGCAACGCCGGCGACGCGGGGGAUGCGAGCGGGACGGGCGCCGGCGGCGGCAAUGGGGGAAGGCGGCGGCCGGCGGGCGGCAGAGCCGGAGCGCUUGGCGCUGGAGCUGGGGCGGGAGAGGCGCAAGCAGCAGAUGCUUGAAAGCUCAAUAUUUGAACUGAGAAACACUGUAACAGAACUGGAAAAAAGUCUUAACAGCAUUGAAAAUGAAGAUAAUGAAUGGAAAACCAGAUAUGAGACACAAGUAGAAUUGAACAAACAGCUGGAAAGGCAAAUUAAUAUUCUUCGAGAUAAGGUGGAGCUUAUUCGUGGAAAUCCAGCAGAUAAACUGUCCCUUGUUCGCACCUUUGAUAAAAUGCCUGCGGAUUCCUUAAAGGAGGUUCUUAAACAGCUAGAAGAACAGAAGAAAAGUCUCCAGAACCAGCUUAAGGACUAUGAACUUAGAUUGGAACAAGAAGCAAAGGCUUACCACAAAGUUAAUGACGAGCGGCACUUGUACCUCUCAGAGAUCUUACAGACCUCCGCUAAACCUAAAAUUUUUGAAAGGAAAAAACCAGAUGCUCUGACUGGCAAGGGAGGAAACCAGAUACUGAGAGGAAGACACAGUGUUCCAGGAAACCUGAAGAUGGUUAAUCCUCAAAAACGAUCAAUUAAAAAGACUGUAGGAGUGAACCAGCUUCCACAGCUAAAGCACUGAUUUAAUAUAAACGCCAAGAACUUCCAGUCACUUUUUAAAAAAUUUAAUUUGACUGAAAGUUUCUAAAUUGAAAAUGAAAGUAUUUUUGCCUUAUUGCAAUGCCAGACCCUGAUUGGAAUGUCUUCUUGGCUGCCUUAGUCUAAGUGUUCCUCUGCCUAAUGGAAUUGCUCUUCUAGUUGCCAUCUUUGUACUGGUGACCUCUGACCCUUUCCAUUCUGCUUCACAUCAGUGAUUCUGAGUGUCAGAGUGUUGGAAAACUUGGAGAAUAUUUAAUGUCUUAUACACUGUGUAGAUCCUUGAACUAUGCAGCCAUGGAAAACAAACAAGCCUCUAGUAUUUUUGACCUCUCAAUCCAAGAAGAAGGCAGACUGAUGUAACCUGAAGUCUUGUCUAAAUACAACUUUUUUUAAGAGCUGGCUUGCCACAGAUUCUAUGUUGACUGCCACUUUCUGUCUGCAUGGUUUAGAAGCACAGCACCAUUUCCAGCUGCUUUAGGCACUAGUAAUGGAUAAAAAUAACAGAAAAAUUGAUCACUUUUUAUUAAGGAAUCUUCAGAGCCUAUCUUGUGGACUGUUGUCUCUUUUAAAUACUACAUAUGUUCUAUAAAGAAACACAUGUCCUGAUAUUGGUAUGGUGCUCUUUGAAAUUUGAAUUCUCAGAUCCUUGUUUCCACAGUCUUGGGGUCAUAAAAAUCUCUGUCUUCUUCAGUGGCAUUGAUCCGUGUACUUUUAGGAUCCAAAAUAGUGCCAGUCCUAAAAGUCAUCUGUUCAGUGAAAGUAGAACUACUUUGUUUCUUCAUUCUUAAGCAUGCAAUUAUUGUUGCAGUUUUAUUACCUACAUUUUAGUCAUUAAAUUUGGCAAAAUUUUUUCAAGUGGCAACAGGAAAAAUGUUUUGGUAAUGAAGCUUUAAUCCUCUGGGUUACAUCUUAAAAGCUUUUGGCAGAGUGAAUGUGGUUGCUUGACUGCCCUUUAUUAUUUUAAGAGCAUUCCUAACUCUUUGCAAUAAAGUUUUUUCCCUCUUUAAGAGCAGUACUAAUAGUUCCUUAUUACUGGCAGCAUUAAAGUGACACUGUAAUUAAACUCACAGUAAAGGAUUAAACCAAUGGUAUCAUUCUAAAAUGCAGACAACAAAGACCUGCAGCAUGGUACAGCAUAUUCAGUAUGGAAAUCCCUGUUUUUUUUCUCUUACAUAGUAGGAAAUUCAUUACAGAUAUUUGUAAUGUUACCAUGAUGCACAUGGUAUCAUUCUUUCAUAAGCAGGUUGGUCUGCCUGGCCAGUUUUUUCCUCACAGUAUAGCACAGCUAGUUAGGUUAGCACUCCUGUUUGUGUUUUUCACAUGAAAAAUUUCCAAAUGUUCCUUGUGCUGGCGUUUGUCACUGUGGUGAAGGAGAGGGGGGAAAUCACCAUACUGGCUCUAUUGGCAUAAAAGACAAGGGACAUCUGCAGUAGUAAAGAAGAUCCAGUUCUUGGAUUCAUGCAGCAAGCAUUUCCUACUGCUGUCUCUUAAUCAAAUGUUAGUGCAUUCAAGUCUGGUCUGUGCAGCACCUCAGAAUAACUGGAAAAACUGCACAAAUAUGACAAAACAUUUUUUCACAACAGGAGACUUGGAUGCUUCCCUCAAGGAUACUCCUCACUGAGGUCUUGAAAAGAGACUUCUUUUGGAGCCUUAAAAGGGACAUUUAUUGGUACAGAAAUGACCUGAGAGAAGAGCAGACUAUGUCCUAUUUAGUCCCUGUUUCACCUUGCCAAGAACAAUUUGAUUUGAUUUGGGAUUAGAAAUGCAGUAGUAUGAUAAUUAAUAGCUAAAAUGUGCUGUUUGACCAUUCUAAUUGUAUGUCCAGCUGUAAUCUUUGUUGUGCAAAAUGGUUAUAGUUCAAUACUCAUACUCUUUUAAUCACUUGGCAUUUCAUUUUCUUCCUGGUUUUCUGAAAACAAGGACAAACCUGAUAACUAAAUUUGACUACUCCAAUUUCUUUGCAACAGCAAAAAGAGAGUUUUUGGUUUCAGAAGCGUAGGUCUCUAGAUCAAAAUAAAGCUUUUACACUUCUAGCUUUCCCAAAACAUGUAGGAAUUUUUUGUUUGAUUUGGUGAGGUUGGGUGUUUUGAAAUUCCUGGAUUUAUCUUGUGUGGGCUUUUGUUACUGUUUUGUUGUCCCGUGAAAUGUGUUUUUUAACAUUUGCAAAAAAAUGAACAGUUAGAUGGCUUUAUAUAAUAUCUUUGAUGUUUCAGGACAUUCAGGAUUAAUUAAUCCUUCAAAUACUUCAUAGUAUGCAGUAUUAUUUUAGGCCUAUAAGACAGAAUCGAGUUUAUUUAAAGUAGAUAUGGGAGUGUAGUGAUGUCUGGUUUUCCCCUGAUUUCACAACAGGGUGAUCUUUUGUAAUGCUGCCAACCACUUAAAGUCGGCCUCCUCUUAAGUCUCUGCAUCAUACAUGACACUGAAGGAAUCUGAAAAAAAUGGGAAAAAUGGGAAACUGGAUUGCUGACAGUUGUGGUCAGUGAUUGAAUGCAGCUAAACAUCAGAGGAAGACAGGAUUAGAGGUGAAAGUUUGAGUCUGGCCAAACUUCUUUCUUCAGUGUAGAAUGUACUUGAGAUUCCAGAUAUACUGAUUGUAGUGUGUAAGUGGCUUUAAUUUGAUGGACUGGGAAAUUUGAUAUCCUAACAUGGCACUUGAGAGUCUGCUGCCUUUACAUGGUUACUCAUGUAAUUCCAUUAAUAUCAGAUGAGUCAUGAUUUUUAGGUAACUAAGGCAUUUUAAGUAUUUACUCAUAGUGUUUCUGGAAAGUAUAAAUUUAAAAUCUCAAAUGCUGGUAAGCACACAUUUCUUAUUUCCAAAAAAAAACCCUUUCUUUUUUUGUUGUAGAGUCUCAUGAUUAAAGAUGGUAUUGAGACAUACUAUUUGUUUUUAAUUAAUCAGUUUAGCAGCAGUGUACUCUUCUAUGAUGGAAUAAAAUUAAAAUUUUUAUUGGACAGGCAUUGACUGUGUGGCUGAUUAUUAUAUAAUUAUGCAACAUAACCACAGGCUGCAGAGAACUGGAGUGA